GGUAGUGUCGCACUUUUUGUAGCAAGAUAACGCUAUUUAGCAAGCUAGCUUGCUAAUGGAAGCGAGUGCUGAAACAAUUGAGGAAAACAAUUUUUAUAAUAUUUACAAAAUUGCAGUAUUUUAUUGAAUAUAGUAAAGUUUAGCAUACUGGUGUGCUUUGAUAUUUAGCCAACACAAAGAGAUAAUCUGGGAGAUUAUUUGAUUUCGUCAACUGGUAAUAGGGAUUAACCAAUUCACGUUAGCUAUUUUUGCUAACGAGCUAACAACAAUAACAGAGACAACAACAACAGCAAUUCAAGUGUGAUAACAGGCAGAUAUGGAGGAGACGGGUACCAUAGAGGUCACCGUUAAGACUCUGGAUUCGCAAAGCAGGAGCUACAAAGUCCGUGAACAGCUGACAGUAAAAGAGUUCAAGGAGCACAUUGCUGUAUCGGUGGAGAUCCCAGUGGACAAGCAGAGAUUGAUCUACCAGGGCAGAGUGCUGCAGGAUGAGCGGACCCUUACUGAAUACAACGUGGACGGGAAGGUGAUUCAUCUGGUGGAGCGAGCCCCGCCCCAGACCACCCAGUACGGCUGUGGGGGCGGAGGCGUGUCGUCCGGAGGGGCCGAGGGAGGGCCCAGCACCACCCACUCCUCCACCUCCCCCCAGGGAGGGCCCCAUGACCGCAACGGAAACAGCUACGUCAUGCUGGGAACCUUCAACCUGCCUGUCAACAUCAUGGACCCCCAGCAGAUCCAGAUGUCGGUUCAGCAGAUGAUGGCGGGAGUGGGAGAGGCCGGGCGGAGCACUCGAGUCAGCACCACCACGGGGGGCAACGGCUCCGUGGACGUGCACGUCAACGUGGACCAAUCGGUGCAGAGCGAGCCGAGGAUGAGGCUGCAGCUGGCAGAGAACUUCCUGAGGGACACCCGGAGCCUCAUCCACAGGCUGGAGGGUCAGCCCGGUGACACGCCGCCUCCAACGGAGGACACGCCCCCGCCCUCCUCUUCGUCUUCCUCAUCGACGGCAGCGGCGCAGCCCAUGGACACCUCUUCUCCAGCCCCGCCGCCUCCUCCGCCCUCAUCCUCCUCUUCCUCCACCCAAACAGAGGGGCCCCCCCACUCUGGUCCCAACCACCCCAGCCCGGCGGAGUUUGUGGAGGUGCUGGCCGAGGUGAGGAGGGUGGAGGAGAGGCUGCGGCCGUUCAUCGAGAGGACCCACUCCAUUCUGGGCGCCGCCACCUCUGCAGACUACAACAACAACACCCAGGAGAUGGAGGAGGACCAGCGCGUUCUCAACUUGGUCGGGGAAGCCGUCCGUCUCCUUGGUAACACUCUUGUUGCCCUUAGCGACCUGCGAUGUAAUCUCGCAACUCCGCCUCCCCGCCAUCUGCACGUGGUACGACCCAUGUCCCACUACUCAUCCCCUAUCCUCCUGCAGGGUGGUAUGCCCCACAUCCCCAUACCAAUAAACCUGGGAACCACGGUGACCAUGACGUCCAAUGGGAGGCAGGCAGCCGAAGGCCAAGCCCAGCCUCCUCAGGCUGGCGGCCAACCAGAUCAACCGGGGCAGGGGCAGGCUUCGCCUCAACAGCAGUAUGGCGUCAAUCAGCAGGCAGGGCAGGGGGCACCACGGGUGAUCCGAAUCACCCAUCAGACCAUGGAGCCUGUCGUCAUGAUGCAGAUGAACAUUGACGGCGAGACAGGAAGUGCUCCUGGACAACAGAACCCUCCAGUGGCUGGCCAGCCUGGAGCGGUGCCCAUGCACAUCCCCGGCCUUCCCCCUGAGUUCAUGCAGGCCAUCGUCCACCAGAUCUCCCACCAAGCCGCCGCCAUGGCAGCCGCCGCCUCGGCAGGUCACCCGGGGCAACCGCCAGCGGCCCCCGGCCCUGCCCCCAACCCCGAGGCCCCUUCCCCCCCCCAGCAGCCCCAGGCUCGGGUGGUCAUCACCCGGCCCUCGUUCUCCCCCCACAUCCCCCAGCCCGUAGGGACCAGGGGAGCCACUAUCAACCUGAGGGCAACAGCGCCCCCUGCUGCCGGCCAGCAGCCUGGACAGCCCAUCGCUCCCUCUCCUCUCACCCAGAUGAUCAGCGGUCUGGUCGGUCAGCUGUUGACGCCAGGCCAGCAAGGUGCCGAAACGUCCACCUCCUCUUCCUCCCACUCCCACUCGUACUCCUUCUCCACCUCCUCCUCGUCCUCCGACUCCUUCUCCUCCACCGCCUCGGUCCCUUCCCCUCCGACGUUCGCAAACGCCUCCGGUCAGACGUCCACGCACGCCCCCGGCACCGCGUCGGCGGGCCAGCCCCAAGAGGCCGCCCCGGACGCCAACCUGGCCCAGCUCCUGGGCUCCCUGCUGGGAGGAGCAGCCACGGCAGGGGCCCCCAGCUCUGGAAGUGCCCCCUCCAUCACCGUGACUGUGCCCGGCGUGCCUGGUUUCUUCCAGGGCAUGUCCGACUUCAUACAGGCUAACCAGACCAUCUUUUCCACACCUGGCCAGCCCCCUCCCCCUGGCCCUGGCACCCCGCCCCCCCCUCAGACAGGCCCAGCCCCCGCCCAGCCUGCCCAGCCCCCCAGCGGCAGUGCGGGGGGGGCGGGCGACACCCUGAGCCCGGAGCUGUUCACGGGCAUCGUGCAGGGGGUGCUCUCCACCAUGAUGGGCUCCCUGGGGGCUCCGCAGGGGAACAGCGAGAGCAUUGCCCAGUUCAUCCAGAGGCUCUCCCAGACCAGCAACCUGUUCACUCCAGGGAGCGGCGACGCCGUGGGGUUCUUUGGCGACCUGCUGUCCCUGGUGUGUCAGAGCUUCUCCAUGGUGGACAUGGUGCUGCUGCUGCUGCACGGCAACGCCCAGCCCCUCAGCCGCAUCCAGCCCCAGCUCACCGGCUUCUUCACCGAGCACUACCUCCAGGGCCGCCCGCCCACCGACGCCAACAUCGCCACGGCGGCCGAAGACCUCAUCAAUGGUCUGGAGGACUACAUAGCUGAAAGCUUCGCCACGGUGACGGUGCGCGAGGGGGUCGACAUCAUUCAGACCAACACCUCCUUCCUCAGGCUGCAGUUCACACGCAUAGCUACCCACAUCCUGCGCUGCACAGACCACAUGUUUGGGCCCCGCCUGCUGCUGCUGUGCACCCAGGGGCUGUUUGAGUGUCUGGCCCUGAACCUGUACUGCCUCCGAGGGGAGCAGAGGGCCCUGACGCAAGUCAUCAACCACCGCAUCAGGAGGAUGUCGGCGGAGGUCAACCCCAGCCUGGUCAACUGGCUGACCAGCAUGAUGUCCAUGAGGCUCAACCUCAUCCUGGAGCACAACCCUGUCACCGAGGACCACAUCCAGAACUACGUCAUCUACUCCCAGAGCGAGCCCUCCCAUAGGGCAGAGCCCGAGGCGCGUACAGGAGGCCAGGAGGCGGAGCCUCUGAACGUGGAGAUGGACGACACGCUGUCCCCCGCCCCUGCCACCACUGCAGAGGAGGCCCUGGCCUCUUCCGGCCCCCGCACGGCGCCCCGAGAGGCCACGCCCUUCCGCAGGGCGUCGUCGGGGGAGCUGCGAGGAGCCGCCACCGCGCCAACCGGGAGGGAGGAGUCGGGGCUGGAGGCGGAGACUUGGGCCGCCGCCGUACCGCCUGAGUGGAUGCCGAUCAUCAGGCACGACAUGCUAUCCCAGAGGAAGAUCAAGACCCAGCCGCCUUUCUCCGAUGCCUACCUCCACGGGAUGCCUGCCAAGAGGAGGAAGACCGCCCAGGGAGAGGGGCCCCACCUGUCCCUGUCCGAGGCCGUGAGUCGAGCCGCUCGCGUGGCAGGGGUCCGGCCCGUCACGUCCCCAGACAGCCUCCAGGGGGAGCUGGAGAGCCCCGAGCUACAGGAGGCCUACACAGAGCAGGUGAGGAGUGACCUGAGGGAGAGGGUGAGGGAAGAUCCGGACUACAGCUCCCAACGUUUCCCCAAUGCACACCUGGCUUUCUCCUUCGAAGACUCCUAGUUCCUGUCCAUAUCUCAUUCUGUUCAAUCAGUUCACAACAUUCCCACAGUUCCCCACUGGUUUUUCAACAGUCCCAAUGACAGCUGAUGGAAUUCAUAUUUUGUCAUCGACGGAACUACCACUGAAAAUGCCAAUUGAUAAAUGUUUGCUAGCUGUCAGUGUAAAAUGUACCAAUCUUUCAACUACCACACCAAUCUCUCAAUGUUGUGACUCAAAGUAACUUUUUAUCCACUCCUCCAGAACAUAGUUUUUUUUUAUUUUAUUAAUUGUAUGUAUUUAGGAGGCACUGUUGUAAAUUAGCACAAAUUGUACAUUGUAAUGGUGAUAUAAGUGCAAAACCUUUUCUUGUUAGAGUCAACUAACACGUUUGCCAUGCCAUAGAUAACAUUGUCUUUGCUCAGAGGUCAGAAGUCCAGAUCUAGGCUUCUUGUUGACUGCUAAACUAGAGGUGAGGAACAGAUUGUAGGGUUUGUGUAACCUUGUUAGUAUGACAAUUGUGUGCAGAUACAGGGUACUCCAGUAUGGUGGUGUUUUAGCCAUUAAUUAUGUUGAAAUGCAUUUAUUUUGGGAGCCUUUGAUCAACGAUCGAACCCCUGUCAACGCUCCCUCAAUGAGCACAGCUUUUUGAUUUUAGAAUGUGUUGUAAAAACUUGAAUGCCAACCCUGUGCUUGUGAACAUACUUACUGAAAUAAACACAUCAAGCUUGA